AUACCAUUCAAGAAGUCACAUUAAAAAACUGAACAAUUUUUUUCAUCAUCAGAUUUCUAUCUAAAAGAUAAAAGACAUUGAAGCUCACUGAAAAUGAACACUGCUAUAACCCUUUUAACUAGCUCUUCAGUACUAAAAAAUGGGUAUUGCUGUUGUUCUUCUUCAUUAUCAAGAACAAAAGCUAGUUUAGACUCUAAUGAAGAUAGAUAUUGUGUUAAUGUUAAUGAGAAGAAUAAUGGGUUUUUAAAGAGAAGAGAAGCUUUGGUUUCUGGGAUUUCUUUGGUUUCUUCAUCAGUUCUUAUGGGGAGUUUUCCAGGAGAUGGAUUAGCUGUUAUAAAACAAGGACUUUUAGCUGGAAGAGUUCCUGGUUUAUCCGAUCCUGACGAACAAGGUUGGAGGACAUAUAGAAGGCCAGAUGCGAAAUCAGGAGGGCAUGGUGUGGGGUGGAGUCCAAUCAUCCCAUACACAUUUUCAGUUCCUCAAGGUUGGGAGGAGGUUCCAGUGUCAAUUGCAGAUCUUGGGGGGACAGAAAUUGAUUUGAGAUUUGCAAGUUCUCAGGCAGGGCGCUUAUUUGUCAUUGUUGCACCUGUUCUUAGAUUCUCAAGUAGUCUUGGAGAUGACGUUAACAUUGAAAUGGUCGGGACGCCUGAUAAAGUGAUUAGUGCAUUUGGACCAGAAGUCACUGGGGAGAAUGUAGAAGGGAAAGUCUUAACUACAGAAGUAGCAGAACACUCGGGAAGAAAGUACUAUCAGUACGAGCUGGAGACUCCCCAUGUCCUAAUGUCCACAACUGCUGCAGGAAAUCGGCUCUACAUAUUCGCUGUAACAGCAAACGGUCUCCAGUGGAGAAAACAUUAUCAAGACUUGAAAAGGAUAUCCACUUCUUUCCGUGUUGUCUGACAACUUCAUAGUUCAAAUCUUGCAUAGCUCUUUGUUACUCCAAUUUUGAGAAGGCCCUCCGUGCAUGGAAAAAUACAGGUGAGCUCAUCUGAGAGAUUACACAAAUCUUGUGUUAAUGUAGCAUGUUUAUAUACACACAAAUGGACUGGCCGUGCUCCAGAUUAAUACAUACUAUCAACUCUGAAUGCAUGUUGCAUAUGGAUAUGCAUCAAUUGCUGUAUAAAGAAAUGAAUGUUUGUCUAUCAUUGUUGUAUAAAAGCACCAACGUUUUUCUGAC